AUGCCGCGGGCUGCUCCAAACUUCGGGCAUGUGCAGAUGAAGGCCGUGUUGUUCAUGUUGCUUUUGGCCGGUCACGAUUGCGUCCGUGUGACCGAAGAAGUUCAAUGGUCAAAGUCCAAAUGGGACCAGCUGCAUGAGGAUUGCACUUGGUCGUUCACCAAGGGGUGUGGCGGUGAGGGAUGUGUGCGGAAGCGCUUGUCUUUGGACUUGACUCCUUCAGCGAGUUGCCGGCACACGGAUGCAUACCUGCUGAAGCACAAUGGUAUGAAGAACUUUCAGACCAUCGUGAACCACUUGCAGGAGAAGAGUGACAAGUUUGCCCAGUCCUGCCAAGGGGCCCGCUUUUGGAAUCGCAAGUGUAAGCGUCGUGAAGCACAGAUAUUUGAUGCGAUCAAGUUCAUCACGAGAAGCACCGACUGA